AACUAUUGCCACCCCAACCCUCUCCUCUAUUUAUUCCACUACUUCAUUCAUCUUUACUCCACCGCAUCUCGCUUCCUCACUCUCUCUGGCUCUGUCUAGUCUCUCUACCUUGUUCAAAUUUCAUAAUUCUCAACAAUCCACCACCUGAGCAAUAUAGUAUGGCAAUUUGGCUAAUAAUUGUCUUCUUGAUGAGCUCAUUUUGUCAUGGUUAUGUUUAUGGGAGAGACCAAGGUUGGAUUAAUGCUCAUGCCACUUUCUACGGAGGGGGAGACGCUUCUGGUACAAUGGGCGGGGCUUGUGGGUACGGGAACCUGUACAGCCAAGGGUAUGGGACGAACACGGCGGCGCUGAGCACAGCUCUAUUCAACAACGGGCAGAGCUGCGGAGCUUGCUUUGAGAUAAAGUGUGUGAACGACCCCAAGUGGUGCUUAGGGUCGACCAUCGUGGUCACAGCCACCAAUUUCUGCCCACCCAAUAAUGCUCUGCCUAACAACGCUGGCGGCUGGUGCAACCCUCCCCAGCAACACUUUGAUCUCUCUCAGCCUGUAUUUCAACAUAUUGCCCAAUAUAAAGCUGGGAUUGUUCCCGUAGCUUAUCGAAGGGUCCCUUGUCAAAAGAGAGGAGGCAUCAGAUUCACAAUCAACGGCCAUUCAUACUUCAAUCUAGUGCUGAUCACCAACGUUGGUGGGGCUGGUGACGUCACCGCCGUAUCAAUCAAAGGGUCAAAAUCAUCUUGGCAAUCCAUGUCAAGAAACUGGGGUCAAAAUUGGCAAAGUAACUCUUACCUCAAUGGACAAGCCCUCUCCUUUAAGGUCACAACUAGUGAUGGUCGAACUUUGGUCUCGUACAAUGUUGCCCCUGCUAGCUGGUCUUUUGGUCAGACUUUUACUGGCUUACAAUUCCAUUAAAGAAACAAAUUAAUUAUAAAGGCAAACCCCUCCAUAAAUUAUAAUUUCUUUUAACAAAAAUAAAAAGAUUUAAGUUGGAUUGGGUUUAUAGAUAUAGACUUCUUAUGGUCUUUUGUGAUAAGAGUCAUGUUAUAGGUUAGAAAACUAGGGCUUAUUUUAAAAGGGUCCUAAACCUAUUUUUGUUGUAUUAUUUAAAAGAAAUAAGAGAAAUAAAAGAUUUAAGAAAAUGGGGAUUCUGGUCUACUCUGCCUGCUUUUGUUAAAGGCAGAGACACAGACAGAAUAAUUUGGCUGCGGUUGGACACUAAUUAAGUACUACCCGCCACCCUUUUUUCUUUGAUUCUCUAGUAAUUGAAUUUUAAUAAUUUUUGGAUUGGGGUGUUAUUAAUGUUGGGUGUUAUGGUCAAUUGAUCAUUAAUGAAUAAAAUAUGUACUGUGUUUUCUUA